GCCUCCCUGUGAUUAUCUUUGAUCACCGUUGGGGUUCCUCACCACUCAAAGUUUGCGUCAUUGGAUUCCCUUGCAGUUACACAGUCUAGCCGUUUCUCGGGAACAGAAGCACGGGAAAUAAAAUCCCAAAAGAUUAAAAGGAUUUGCAGCAUCGAUUGACGACAAGGGGGUUAGAAAUGUUGAACCCCCUUUAACAAACCGAGUCCUCUUGUCUUCAGUCCAGCGAUCUUAUCAUCAUAAUAUUCCCUCCCUUCGGUUACAGCGGAGAUUCCAGCCGAAGACACAUUCCCCGAAAUCAUUGGCCAUUGGCCUCGCAUAUUGUCUUGCUCUAUAUUAUUGCAAGAGACGCAAGCCGAUAUCGCCAUCCGUGUUUGAUCUCGAAGACCUCACGCGAACAAUAACAACAACAAAAACAACAACAACAAUCCCCGAUAAUUCUUCAUUCUGUUGAGAGUGAACCAAGUGGGUGACCGCUCAAUCAACAUCAUGUUCAAACGACCGUCAUGUUUACAAGGCCGGCGGCAUGGUGAGGGCAACGGUGAUUGGACCGCCUUCCCUGUCCGCCAGCUCUUUGUGCUAGCACUAUGCCGCAUCUGCGAACCAAUCGCAUUCAUGUCCAUAUUCCCCUAUGUUUACCAGAUGGUCGAAUCAUUCCAUGUGACGGAUAACGACCGCAAGAUCGCCUUGUAUGCCGGGAUGAUUACAUCGGCCUUCACCUUUGCAGAGUUCUCCGCAGGCAUGUUCUGGGGCCGGAUGAGUGACAAGAUUGGCAGAAAGCCUGUCCUCAUCAUGGGCUUAAUUGGGACUGCCAUCAGUAUGGUCGUUUUUGGGUUCGCUCCCAACUUGCCAACUGCCAUGAUCGCCCGGGCACUGGGAGGCCUUCUGAACGGCAACAUUGGCGUGCUUCAAACUACCGUUGCAGAGAUUGUCACUGUUAAGGAGCACCAACCCCGGGCCUAUUCCAUCAUGCCGUUCGUCUGGUGCCUUGGGUCGAUCAUCGGGCCCGCUAUGGGUGGUGCGUUGGCACAACCAUGCGACAAUUAUCCCGGAUUAUUUCAGCGUGACACCAUCUUCGAUCGCUUUCCCUUUCUGCUGCCCAACCUGGUCUGCGUUGUCGUCUUAGUGUCCGGAAUCGUUGUUGGCCUGUUGUUCCUGGAGGAGACCCAUCCGGAGAAGAAGCACCGCCGCGAUCCCGGCCUGGCGUUGGGCAAUUGGCUCGUUGCGAAAGUCUGGGGUUCUCCCGAACCUAUUCCCGAGCCCACGGACGCCAAAGCGGGAUUGGCCGGAGAGGAGGAGGAGGAGGAGUACUACGACUACGAGGAUGUCCCUCCGCCAGAGUACAGGAGCACGGAAAGUUCGCCUCGUCUGGGCCCGAUGAAGGAAUCGGACAACCUGUCUGCAGAUGACGACAUUGAGGGGCAGAUGAAGGGCGAGCCGUGCGCAACUCCCAAGGCAUUCACCAAACAAGUCAUCUUCAACAUCAUUGCCUAUGGCAUUCUUGCAUACCACAGUGUUUCCUUCGACCAACUCAUGCCCGUCUUCUUGAGCACUCCCAAGUCCGACGACGAUGUCGUGCUCCCCUUCAAGUUCACUGGUGGCUUGGGACUUGCUACGAGUAAAAUCGGGUUCAUGCUGGCGGUUCAAGGCGUUUAUUCCAUGAUCGCGCAGCUGUGGCUGUUUCCGUUUGUUGUUCGUCACUUUGGAACACUGAGAGUUUUCCGCUUCGUGUUGCUUGUUUGGCCCCCUCUCUACCUCAUGGUCCCUUACCUUAUUCUCCUGCCCGAACAGCUGCAAACCGCCGCGGCCUACGUCGCUUUGAUCAGCAAAAUCACGCUGCACGUCAUCGCAUUCCCUGCUACCGCUAUUCUCCUCGCCAACGCUGCUCCGUCUUCCAGAGUCCUCGGUUCCAUCAACGGCGCGGCCGCCUCGACAGCUAGCUUGAGCCGCGCUUUCGGCCCAACGGUUACUGGCUUGCUUCAUUCCAAGGGUCUCGAAAGUGGAUACUCCGUGCUAGCCUGGUGGGCUUGUGGAAUAGUAUGCAUCCUUGGCGCCAUCGAGAGCUUUUGGAUGGAGGAAUCGGAGCGAGACAAGGACGUGGAGAAGAAGGCCGAAUGCGAUGGCCCAACUUCGAACCGCGACUCGCUGCGGGGUUCCUUCACUGCAGGCAAGGAAGAUGGCUCUCCCGAGGAAGUGCGGAGACUGCUUUCUUCGGCGCGCACCAGCGUCGAUGACAUGGACAUUCCCAACGUGGACUCAAUGCAAGCCAACCUGAACGUCACUUCCGAGCCCGAGCCCGACAAGUCCAAGUUCAGCCGAUAGACCUGUUCUAC